AGAAUUUGGUGGCAAUAGGAUGCAUAACCAUCCCUUCAUAAAAUAAUAAAAAAAAAAGAUGCAGAAUCAAAACCCAAAAUAAGGAAAAAAAAAGAGGAAAAGUAAGAUGAAUGUGAACAACACCACUCCCUUUGCUUCAGACAUACUUUUUGAUAGAUAAAUAGAAAGAGUUAAACAUGCGUUUUGUAAUAUGAGUUAAAAACGCAGUGAAAAUAAAAAGCUCUAUUAUGCCUUUUACCGUUUUACGGUCUUACGGAAAUUCCACCUUUAAAUAAAUAAAUAAACCUUCCGAGUCCCGCGCCAAAAACCAUAACCGUUGUUGAACCUCCGAAAAACAAGACUCCCUCCAAGAAGAAAAAUGCUGAAAGCCGUGGCGCCACUCUUCAGCCGUAGCCACAAGCAGCAGUCUCGGUCCUUCAAGGAGUACUACGCAGAGUGGUUCAACACCCUCAAGAACAACCACCUCCCCCUCCUCCGCCACUCCAUCUCCGGCGACUCCCUCACCAUUCUCUCCACCCACGUCGAGAUGCUCCACCAGCACUUCCAGUCCUACUACCACGCCCUCGACGCCGCCGCCACCUCCGACGCCUCCCAGCUCCUCUCCCAGGAGUGGCGCAACUCCCUCGAGAAACCCCUCCUCUGGCUCGGCGACCUCCACCCCUCCCUCUUCACCAACCUCGCCCGCUCCUUCCUCCAAGACGAACAUUCCCCCGACCACACCGACGACGAAGAUGAUUCCGAUCCCCACCACCACCACCACCACCACCACCACUUUCCCCUCCCCGAACGCCCCUGGCAGGUGGCGAUGGCCUGGCGCAACCCUUCGGAGGCUCUAACUGCCCGCAUGGACCAGAUCGAGUGCGGCCUCCGCGUGAUUGUACCGGCCCUUUCGGACCGCCUGAAACACGCGGAGGACGCAUUCGUGGGCCGCGUAAUGGGGAACUGGUUCCGCUGCCGUGACCAUCAUCACAAGGGCAGCGGAGCCUCGUCCAAGGUUGCUGUGGGGGCCGAUGUGAAGGCCCACAUGGAGGAGCUCGUGAGCGUGUUCCUCUACGCAAACCGCCUCAGGAGGAACGUGCUUGUGGACAUACUUAGUGCCACCACCGUUUACCAGGCCGCGCUGUUUCUUGAAGGGUUGGCCCAGUUUCUUAUUGGGUUCAGGGACCAUGAGUUGGUGAACGCCGUUGAACACUGCAAGGCCUUGCCUCUCGCAAACAAUAAACAGUGUCGUCCUCGCUGCCAUUGAUGAUGAUAAUGCAACAGUGUAUGUAUCUAUUUCGUUCCUCUCAUUGUGAUUGUGUUGAACUUUUCGUGGAAAAAUACUGUGGAAUGGAUGGUUACUGUGUUUUAGGUUUAGCAUUGAUAUUCUUUACAAUUUUGUUGUUUGUAUUUGAUAAGAUUUUUAGGUUUGGAAGAUGACACUGGAGACUUAAUUUCUGUGUCAAUGGAUUAAUUACGUUUUGUAUUUGUGGAGGGAAUAAGUGUUAGUGAACACUGAACAGUUUCUUCAAUUGAGGGAAAUUUCUUUUAACAAUGUUGAUUGAUUUGCAGUAUUUGUA